CGUUCUAACAGAGCGCCCGUUAUAAGUCAAGAACGUAUUUUGCGUUUGAUGGCACUUUUGCUGUGUGCAAAACAGUAUGGAAGGAGGUUGUCUUUCCAGUCCCGGCAGAAGGCAUUUGACACUUCAGUGACAUUUUUACUACUCGGAGGGCUGAAGGCGGCUUGCCAUUUUAGAUUAACGGUUGUCUUAGGCUGUGAAGUGGGGAAGUUUCUCCAGUAUCAGCCCAGCAUCCAUAGAAAGAAAGGGGAGGCAAAAGGGGCUUGAAGAAUAAUACCUUUUAAUAUUAAAAGGAUCGAGUGUGUUUUCAAAAUGUAAAGAUGAAGUUUUAGCUGUGUUGGCGCAUAGAUGACUCUGGGUGAUAUGAAGUCAGUCUGACCUUUUCCCAGAGGGUUUCCAGUGUUAGGAACAGGGCAAUAUGGGGUGAUAACGACCCAACAGUCUGACUUAAAAGUACUCAUUGUUCUAAACUCCCUUAAAACCUGUCUUUUCAGGGAAGGCAGACAUGUUGCAGUGAAAAUAGCAAAGAAUUUUGAUUGGUCCACCGAUGCGGCUCGUGAGGAAAUACAGGUGCUGGAAGAUUUAAAAGCAUCAGACCCCAGCAAUGCCUAGUAAGCACACAAAGCCAACCGUGAUGUGUUUUGGCUCGAAGACUUCUUCUAGUGUUCUUCUAGUGCACACAGUGUGUGUAUGAGCGCUGCACAACUCGCUGUUGCAAUGCAUGUGUUUUCCUGCUUUUGCAGUCACUGUGUCCAGAUGUUGGGAUGGUUUGAGCACCAUGGACACGUCUGCAUUGUUUUUGAGCUCCUGGGGCUCAGCACCUUUGACUUUAUGAGCGUCAAUGACUUCUUGCCGUUUAACCUGGACGACAUUAGACACAUGGCUUAUCAGAUCUGCACCUCUGUCAACUUUUUGCACAUGAAGAAGUUGACACAUACAGAUCUGAAGCCAGACAAUAUUGUCUUUGUGAAAUCUGACUACGUAGAAGAGUACAACCCCAAACUGGUAAGUUGCCAUCCUCUUCCCCACUCUCCUCCACCUCAGUCAUCCUCUGCGUUCAUCUGGUCACUUGCAUCCCACCACCUUUCAUUUCAGGAAUGCACUGAAUGCAGACUGAGAAAACCAGACAUCAGACUUGCGGACUUUGGGUGCGCCACUUACGAUCAUGAUUACCAUAACCCUGUGGUGACUACUAGACCUUACAGAGCUCCUGAGGUGGUCCUAGAGCUCGGAUGGUCCCAUCCAUGCGAUGUGUGGAGCAUAGGAUGUACUCUCCUGGAAUACUACCGUGGAGACUUAGUAUUUGAGCCCGAUGACAACAUAGAACACCUGGCAAUGAUGGAGCGAUUACUGGGGCCUUUGCCAGAUCAAAUGAUAAAGAGAGUUGUUUCUUCAAAGAAGAAGUAUUUCUGUAAUGGCCGUCUGGCCUGGGAUGAAGGCAGUGCGUCUGGGCAAUAUGUCUCGGGGUGCUGUAAACCCCUGAAGGAAUACAUGACGUGCCACGAUUCUGACCAUGAGAAUCUGUUUGAUCUGAUUGGGAAGAUGCUGGAGUAUGACCCAGCCACGCGCAUUACUAUGGAAGAAGCACUGGAACAUCCUUUCUUCCUCCCACUGAAGCAGGAAAAUAGCGCAUAGCCUCCUACAGCUGAUGCAGAUGAACUUCUCUGUCUGCCUGUUAAGAAACGGAAACUCUGUGAAGUGGCGAUUGUUUGUUUGUGUAUCUUAGGUAUUUAAUUAUUGAUGCUGAAUUCAAAUGCGUCUGUUGGAAUAAAAUUUAUUUAAGGAAAAGACAGUGAUGAGCCCGGUUGUGUUUCCCCAGUAAAACAACAUCUCAGGACACUUUUAUCGUGUGGAUGAGAGCACCCUCUACUCUAUAUAUUUGUUAAUUUUUGGUGGGGUACUCUGGUCACCAGUAUUCCUGGCAAUGGUCAUUGCUGGCAUACAGUAGUAGAGACUUCUCUCUUCUUGCAGCUCUUUCUUGGAUUACAAGCUGUCCUGAGCCUCUCCAUUAAGGACUCAAAGAAGGCUGAUAGGCUUGUUUAGGGAGCCAAAUUGGGGGAUUAUGUCUCAAAGAUUGUCAAAAGCUGCUGCCAGGUUGUAACACAAGAGCCAAGGAAACCACAAAGUCAGCAAAUCAGCACUCCACAGAAGUUCGGCAGAGGGAGGAGGUGGCGUGUGGUCGUGUCAUGUAGACACGAGCUGGAGACACUGAGUAGCACCGCGCAAGCGCAGGUGGGUGAAGAUGUGCAGGCCGUGUGGUACACGACAACCCAAACUGGGAAGAAGUAUAAAAUGACCCACCAAAAAGCCCCUCUGACCAGCACUGACUCUUUGUGGGACCCCCGAGAUGCCAAGCUUUGAAGACUCUGCAAACACAUUGUGGUGACUAUUCUUGCGACGCUCUCCUGAGCCCUUGCUUAACUUUCCAUCUUUGCUCCUCUCUUGCCUAUCACUGCAAGUCUCCUCUAAUUUUUCACGUGCUUCCUUUUUACAAGAAAGAAAGAUUUUUGAUGCACAGCCUCUGAAAUGUGUUCUGUCUCAAACUCACUCUGGGGAUUCCAAACAAAACCCUCCUGGCUUUGGUCUGGGACAUUUUUUUGGUGUCAGAAGUGGGAUCCCCGUGAAAUGAGAGCUCCAUACCUUUUCCUGAG